GGGGAGUUCUCUCCCCGCCCCGCCUCGGUAAAGCAAGCUCCCGAACCCCCACCCGCAACUCCUUGCCCCACCUCCCCAACCACUUUGCUGCUGCAGCGCACACUCGUGUACCUCUAGGUCCCCCAUCCUUUCUCGGUCCCACAGUUGCGCUCCCUCCCUAAUACUGCUGGGGACGUGCAGUCCAUUCCAGCUGGUCGCUCGGGUGCUGUCCCCAGGCCCCCCAAUCCUCAUAGCGGUUCUAGAAGACCUCCGGAGACUUUGACACUGUGGCACCAAGAGUGGGUCGGGACGCAGACGGGCACUUUCUCCGUCACCCCUUGGUUCACCUCAUGCGGUGACCCCAAGAUUUGCCAACUUUGUAGCCGGACUGUUGGCGGAGUCACUCCCGGGCAGUACAGCCCCUCCGGACAGGGGCGACCUGCGAUCCGGGCGCAGGAGUCGGGCUGGGAGGAUCCUGCCUGUCGCACUGGGGACUGUGCGCGGCGCCAAGUGACUCCCCCCUCCAGCAGUCACUGCCCCGGCGGCAGCAGCUGCAGGAGCGGCAACUGCUUGCAUCCCCGAACCGGCUCGGGUUACUCCCCUCCUCCUUCAGCAUCUCGGGCCAGACAGAGAAGACCUUACUUGAGUUUACAGCGAGUCUUUUGCUGGUGUGCAAAACUGGGGGUCUGGAAACGCGCAGAGACCCGCCUGCUUUCCCGCGGGUCUCCACCUUUGAGCCUGAACCAAAACUCCUAAGUAUCGCUCUCGUCUGGAACACCGCUGGGAGGCUAACUGCGCUGUUUGGAACAGAUUUUGCUUCUCCGCUGGCCUUGCAUGAAACCAGGGGGAAAGAGUUGCGCUGAGAAUCUCAGGCUCUCGGGUUGUUCUUCAGAAACAAUGGUUAUUUCUUUGAACUCAUGCCUGGGCUUUAUCUGUUUAUUGUUAUGCCACUGGAUCAGGACAGCAUCGUCCCUGAACCUCGAAGACCCUAAUGUGUGCAGCCAUUGGGAAAGCUACUCUGUGACUGUGCAAGAGUCAUACCCACAUCCCUUUGAUCAAAUUUACUACACCAGCUGCACUGACAUUCUGAACUGGUUUAAAUGCACGCGGCACAGAAUCAGUUAUCGGACAGCCUAUCGGCAUGGAGAAAAAACUAUGUAUAGGCGCAAGUCCCAGUGUUGUCCUGGAUUUUAUGAGAGCAGGGAAAUGUGUGUCCCCCACUGUGCUGAUAAAUGUGUCCAUGGUCGCUGCAUUGCUCCAAACACCUGUCAGUGUGAGCCUGGCUGGGGUGGGACCAACUGCUCCAGUGCCUGCGACGGUGAUCACUGGGGGCCUCACUGCAGCAGCCGAUGCCAGUGCAAAAAUAGGGCUCUGUGCAACCCCAUCACGGGGGCUUGCCACUGCGCCGCGGGCUUCCGGGGCUGGCGCUGCGAGGAACGCUGUGAGCAGGGCACCUAUGGUAAUGACUGUCACCAGAGAUGCCAGUGCCAGAAUGGAGCCACCUGCGAUCACGUGACGGGGGAGUGCCGCUGCCCGCCAGGGUACACUGGAGCCUUUUGUGAGGAUCUCUGUCCCCCUGGCAAGCACGGGCCCCAGUGCGAGCAGAGAUGCCCCUGCCAAAAUGGAGGCGUAUGUCAUCACGUCACUGGAGAAUCUUGUCCUCCCGGCUGGCUGGGCACAGUGUGUGGUCAGCCUUGCCCCGAGGGUCGCUUUGGAAAGAACUGUUCGCAAGAGUGUCAGUGCCAUAAUGGAGGGACGUGUGACGCUGCCACAGGCCAGUGUCAUUGCAGCCCAGGAUACACCGGGGAACGGUGCCAGGAUGAAUGUCCCGUCGGCACCUACGGAGUUGGCUGUGCUGAGACCUGCCAGUGUGUCAAUGGCGGGAAGUGUUACCAUGUGAGCGGGUCGUGUCUCUGCGAAGCAGGCUUCGCUGGUGACCGCUGUGAGGCGCGCCUGUGUCCAGAAGGGCUCUACGGCAUCAAAUGCGACAAGCAUUGUCCUUGCCAUCCAGACAACACUCACAGCUGUCACCCUAUGUCUGGAGAGUGUGCCUGCAAGCCAGGCUGGUCGGGCCUCUACUGUAAUGAGACAUGUUCUCCUGGAUUCUACGGGGAAGCCUGCCAACAGAUCUGCAGCUGCCAAAAUGGGGCUGACUGUGACAGUGUGACAGGAAAGUGCACCUGUGCCCCAGGAUUCAAAGGAAUCGACUGCUCUACUCCAUGCUCUCUGGGAACCUAUGGGGUAAACUGUUCUUCUCUCUGCGGCUGUAAAAAUGAUGCCAUGUGCUCUCCUGUGGAUGGGUCUUGUACUUGCAAGGCAGGCUGGCAUGGGGUGGACUGCUCCAUCAGCUGUCCCAGCGGCACGUGGGGCUUCGGCUGUAACUUAACAUGCCAGUGCCUCAACGGCGGAGCCUGCAACACCCUGGACGGGACCUGCACCUGUGCACCUGGAUGGCGUGGGGAGAAAUGUGAAUUUCCCUGCCAGGAUGGCACGUACGGGCUGCACUGUGCCGAGCGCUGUGACUGCAGCCAUGCGGACGGCUGCCACCCCACCACAGGCCAUUGCCGCUGCCUCCCCGGAUGGUCAGGUGUCCAUUGUGACAGCGUGUGUGCUGAGGGUCGCUGGGGCCCCAACUGCUCCCUGCCCUGCUACUGUAAAAACGGGGCUUCGUGCUCCCCGGAUGACGGCAUCUGUGAGUGUGCACCGGGGUUCCGAGGCACCACCUGUCAGCGGAUCUGCUCCCCUGGAUUUUAUGGGCAUCGCUGCAGCCAGACGUGCCCGCAGUGUGUGCACAGCAGUGGGCCCUGCCACCACAUCACAGGCCUGUGUGACUGCUUGCCUGGCUUCACAGGCGCCCUCUGCAAUGAAGUGUGUCCCAGUGGCAGAUUUGGAAAAAACUGUGCGGGAAUCUGUACCUGUACCAACAAUGGAACCUGUAACCCCAUUGACAGAUCUUGUCAGUGUUAUCCGGGGUGGAUCGGCAGCGACUGCUCUCAGCCGUGUCCCCCUGCGCACUGGGGCCCCAACUGCAUCCACACGUGCAACUGCCACAACGGGGCCUUCUGCAGCGCCUACGACGGGGAAUGCAAAUGCACUCCAGGCUGGACGGGGCUCUACUGCACUCAGAGAUGUCCUCUGGGCUUCUAUGGAAAGGACUGUGCAUUGAUAUGCCGGUGCCAAAACGGAGCAGACUGCGACCACAUCUCUGGGCAGUGCACUUGCCGCACCGGCUUCAUGGGGAAGCACUGUGAGCAGAAGUGCCCCGCAGGAACAUACGGCUAUGGCUGUCGUCAGAUAUGUGACUGUCUGAACAACUCCACCUGCGACCACAUCACCGGGACCUGUUACUGCAGCCCAGGAUGGAAGGGGGCACGAUGUGAUCAAGCUGGCGUGAUCAUAGUUGGAAAUCUGAACAGCUUAAGCAGAACCAGUACAGCUCUCCCUGCGGAUUCCUACCAGAUUGGGGCCAUCGCAGGCAUCAUCAUUCUUGUCCUGGUUGUUCUCUUCCUCCUGGCCUUGUUCAUCAUUUAUAGACACAAGCAGAAGGGGAAAGAGUCGAGCAUGCCUGCAGUUACCUACACCCCCGCCAUGAGGGUCAUGAAUGCAGACUAUGCCAUUUCAGCAGAAACGCUUCCUCACAGCAACGGUGGAAACGCUAACAGCCAUUACUUCACCAAUCCCAGUUAUCACACCCUAACCCAGUGUGCCACGUCCCCCCGCAUCAACAACAGAGACAGGAUGACCAUCGCGAAGUCAAAAAAUAAUCAGCUGUUUGUGAAUCUGAAAAAUGUGAAUCCUGGAAAGAGAGCCCCCAUGGCGGACUAUACGGGGACGCUGCCUGCAGACUGGAAACAUGGCGGCUACCUCAACGAGCUUGGUGCUUUUGGACUUGACAGAGGUUAUAUGGGAAAAUCCUUGAAAGACCUGGGAAAGAAUUCUGAAUAUAAUUCAAGUAACUGCUCCCUAAGCAGCUCUGAAAACCCAUAUGCCACCAUUAAAGACCCACCUGUCCUUAUCCCCAAACACUCAGAGUGUGGCUACGUGGAGAUGAAGUCCCCGGUGGAGGACUCCCCAUACGCAGAGAUCAAUAACUCAACUUCAGCCAACAAGAAUGUCUAUGAAGUUGAACCUACGGUGAGUGUUGUCCAAGGAAUAUUCAGCAAUACUGGGCAUCUCACUCAGGAUCCCUAUGACCUCCCAAAGAACAGUCACAUCCCUUGCCAUUAUGACCUGCUGCCAGUCCGAGACAGUUCAUCCUCCCCCAAGCGAGAGGAUGGUGGCAGCAGCAGCAGCAGCAGCAGCAGUGAAUGACACCAAAGGACCACUGGGUCGCCGCUGGAACCCUUUCCAGAACUGCAGUUCGGUUCUUCUCCUCCUCAAGUUUGCCAUCUUAUGUGAAUGGUCAUCUACUCGGUAGGCAGUUGUUGGACGUGAACCAGAAAGCUCAAAGCUGAGGCUGACUGACCGUAGGUCCUUUUUGUCCAGGUGGCUCAGAAGGAAAUAUCAAUGUGAUUUCUCAUUCUUGUUAGUUUUAGAACUGCACUCGUGAAGCAUGACUUUUUGUAAAAUCUUGGCUAAAAGCAUGAACUUGCAGGACUCUUUCAAAGACACAGGUUGCAAUGGACAUUGGUACUGUUGCUUGAAAAAUUAAGAUUUAAAUAUUUUCCUUUUCACGUGCAUCAUAGAGCUGUAUCUGAGAUGGUGCAGUUUGCCAUACAAUUUACUUCAUAAACAUAAGAAGCAUUCAACAUGUAGAAGAAAAGGGGCAUAUUAUGGAGUCCUUAUUUAACUUUUUUCAGCUGGACUCGGAGUUGUAAGGAUAAUAUGAACCCUGCCAGAAACAUUCUGCCAAAUGGCAUUACUGGAUAGACUCUGAAUAAACUCUAGAGGUGGAUGGCAAAUUUAAAUAUGAAAACUUUAAAUGUUUUUUAGAAGGAAGAAAUGUACAAUUAGAAUUACAUUAGAAAUACUAGAAUUAUUGCAGAAUCAAUACACAGAUGUGCCCGGCAGUGAUGCUUCUUCCCUGUCUUGAACCCUGGGCCCACUUUAGAUCCAUGACGUUAUUCUGAACAUGGUCCCCAUCAUAACAUUCACCACUUGAGAUCCGUAACAUAUCAAUAAUUAUUUCAUAAAUAUAGAAGUGAAAUAAUUUUAUUUUUGACAGAUUAGAUGGAAUGAGUGUAUAAUGACUGGAAAAGUGUGUAAAUUUUAGGUGUAAGAUGACUCUUAAGUUUUGUAAACCAUUAGUAAUACCCGCUGUAAUAUAGAAUUAGCAGAAAGUUUUCAUUAAUUUUUCCCUAGAAGCGACCGAAAUAUUUUUGUGCAUAUUUGAGAAAAGGGCACUUUCCUUUUAUUAAUUGUUGAUGUAGAGAAACUAUGCUUAAGCUGGUCUUUUGCAUUGCUAAUAUGACAUGUACCCCAUUUUUCAUUAAUUUGUAUUUCCAUUUUUAAGUUGUAUAUUCUAUGUUUUGUAGUGUUUGGAUUGUUAAUGAAAAAAUAUUAUAUGUUUAUUGUUUCUUGUAUCACGGCCACUUUUUGCUUGAGAAAAAUGCGUUGUUCUUUUUUUCUUGUGGAGAGAAGAGAUGAAAAUAUAUAAAUCGAAUCCAUUAAAAUCGGCCAUUACUAAAAUAGUGCAGUAACCACAGAUGAAUGGCUUAUAAUUGAAGUGGAGAAGUGUUUUAAUGUUCUGAAAUGGAGUUCAUUUUGAUCUGUGGGUCCUGAAUCUUGGUUAAACCGAGAAGUGAGCUGGGCAACCACGGCUGCCAAGCAGGUACCACAGUCUGAUCUUCCUAAUCACCAUCGUUUGGGUAGUUUGAUAAUAGAUCAUUCAGACUGGGACACUUUUGCCUUUUUUUUUUUUUUUAGGCCGCACCCAUGGCCUAUGGAGGUUCCCAGACUAGGGGUCCAAUUGGAGCUGCCACUGCUGGCCUACACCACAGCCACAGCAACGCCAGAUCCUUAACCCACUGAGCGAGGCCAGGGAUCAAACCCACAUCCUCAUGGAUGCUUGUUGGAUUCACUACUGCUGAGCCACAAUGGCAAGUCCAGACUGGGACACUUGUGAGAAUCAGUGAGGGUCUUAGUGAUAAUUAUCCUGCAGUGUGCUUAAAUGUGGUCUAUCCCAGGCAAACCAGGACGGAUGCUCUUCCUGGGCAAGACCUAUGCAAUAACAUUUUCACUCCAAGGUCGUUACCUCAAGAGAAUGCCAAUUCGAUGCAGGAAAACAAGUUUGUCUUUGACCUCCCUGAGCAAGCUGGAGGCUGAAAGGCAGAAUGAAGAAGCAACUUCGAGAGAGGAAAACAUGAAACCCUAUGUGGUAUCCUCUCUCAGUGAGUCAGUUAACAAAUACGUCUUGUGCCCCUCUUCUGCCGGUCGUGGACAGAGGGCAUUGUUCCUGCCAGUUACUGAGUUGGGUAUCCACUGCUUUCACGUCACCCCCCUGCACCUGUGAUGGGGGUAUGGUCGGGUGGAUACGAGAACAAAUAACGUAGAGCAUUCACCCUCUAAUCGCUUUUUCUUUAGGGAAUUCCGAAGCUAACUCCGGGAAAUGGGGAAUUGCCUGGAACAUACCUUAGAAACAAUUGAUUUAUUUCAACAGUUACCCACUAGUUGGCCCUUGACUCUAGGGGUUAGACAUCUAAGUGAGACACCUAUGGAUCAGUAGCCACCAAGAAUCCUUUUCGGUUGGAAGAAAUAAUUCUUUCCCCUUCUUUUUUGAGAUUCAUGUCUUCAGAGCUCCACAGUGAGUUGUUCCCUUCUACUCCCUAGAGAGAAGUUUUUUACCAAAUACCUGUUUCUUUUCUCAUUCCACUAUUAAAAAAAAAAAUAUGAAAGCUUCAUAUACAAACGGUACAAAGGCAACAGCAAUAUGAAUAGAAAACCUGGGCAGCAGAUGUGGGCUUCAAAAGGGGACACUGCCAUUGCUCCCUGUGCAAUCUUUCUGACAGACCACUUGUUCAGGGCAGCUGCUGUCCUGAAACAACAUUUGUACCUGGGGCGAGUCUUGCUUAUCAGGGAUCGCUUAGGACUUUGCAGACAACAGAACGCAAAGCAUUUUGGAUAUUGUAAAAUGACACAUUAUAUAUGAGGCGUCUAGUUGAGAGGUCAAAAUGUUCUAGAUACUUCGAUGUAGGCUUGGGUAAACAGAGAAAGAGUUUUGUCAGAAUGAGAGUUCAAGACAAAAAGACCUGAAAUUUUCCUUCCCUGGAAUUACCAUUCAGACAUUUCCAGAGAUAUCAAAUUUAGUUGAGUGGUGACAUCAUUCUUUGUAUACCGUGAAUCUAUUCUUAUGAACUUUGAACCAUAUUAAUUUAGGAUCCUAAAAAAUCAUCGCUUCCCUAUAACUUAUGGUGAUCAAAGCAGGGAAUGAAUUUGGCAAUAUGUACAAAAGUCCUUCAUGUAGGAAUGUAGCCAAACUGUUAUACUUUCCCUAGAGGUUGAUGUAUCGAAAAUUUGUAAACUUCUUGUAUUUAUUUAUAAAUACAGAAAAACUAGCUCCAAAUGAUAGCUCAUAUGUUUGCUUUCAUACAGAGAAUGGUAUUGUAGGUGAUAAGGAACCAUACACACUUUUUACAAUGUUUCAUAUAAAUUCCUCUCCCAGGCUAUAGUAGUAAUGUUGACAGGGAGCUUAAUGUGUUUAGCAUUAUCUUUAUGGAAAAUUAUUCACCAAUUUCAGGAAAACCAACACAGAAUUUUAUAAUAAGAUAGUUUAUAACCCGUCCUGGCCAAAUCCAUUAGCACAAUAACUAUGUGUUGUGAGAACUACAGACCAUUUUAUAAAAAUCUGAUCAUGUUGACCCCAAAGUGCUGCAGUCUUCAUUAUCAAUUCUUGAGAUUUUUAAACUAUAAAUAUUGCACAAGUUGCACAAAGUAUUACAAUACCAUGUAGAAUUCAUGUCAAUGUUCGGAGUCCACUUACUCCUUAAAAUGAGAUGAAAUCACACAAAAAAUUGAGUUUUAAGGUUAUAUUUUUAAAGUAAUGUAUUUUUGAUCUUUGAAUAACAUCUUUAUUAUUCGCAAUAAAUAUUCAAGUGAUGCGUUGGGCUGAAAGGCUUUAUGUCAUGGACGUGUACCUAGGUGUGUAAGUGUGAGCCACUUGGCAUGGAUAGGUGCUUGUCUAUCAACUAAAGAUGUAUGGCAGACUGCCCUUUUAUCCUCUUAAGAUUGGUGUCUUAACACUAGGUCUGUUUGUGCUAGUUCAGUAUUUAGUCCAGGCUUCCUUUUGAUAUGAACAAAUCACAAUAUAUAUUUUUAAAAGGAAAAAAUUAAAACACAUUAGGAUUUAUUUGAUUGUAGCAAACAAAAAAUGCUUUCAUGUUAAAACAUGUCUUUUCCAAAGAUAAAUUAAACUUUCAGCAGUAUUAGCCUGUGUUGUCAUUUAUAUGACCAAAUAAGUUUAUGGAUUAAUGCAAUAAACUUUCUA